AUGAAUUUCAGCCAAAAUACAGUAGCAAAUCUCAAAAACCCAGUUCAAGUGGACUUCUCCUUCUCUUGUCCCAACCCUACUAAUAAUUUAGAUAUUAGUUUUGCGCCAAAUGCUAAAGAAAAUCCAUUAGAUAGAUCAGCAUUAGAUUAAACCAUGAUGAUGGGAUGCUUUAUGGAUGAAACAGUAGCUCAAAUAGAACCAGUCCCUGAAUCAGAUGAGGCUGAUGAAUAGCUAGAUCAGCUUCUCAAAGAAUAGAACGAAGGCACAACCAAUAUCUUUGGAGUCAGGCAAAAGCCAGAGAAAUAAAAGGUCUCGACUGAAGAGAUGAUUAUGAGUGAAAUAGCCAGAAAAAGAGAGUAAAAAUUGAAGGAGAAACUCAAGAAUCAGAAAUUUUACCUCAAAGCAAUCAGAGAAAAACCUAACUAGCAGUAAGAAGCAGAAGAUAUAAAAGUUAAGCGGUCGAAGACUCUAGCAGUUUUCACUCAGCCAUAGGGUUUUAAUCUUUAAACUGACCAAAGGAAAAAGAAUUAUUAGAUUGAUAAAAAGGCCUUGCUCUCUCCCACUGCCACUUUGCUGAGAAAACAGUCUCUUCUUACAAAAGAUUCUAAACGAUUAAAUUCUGGAAAGAAGACCCUAGUAAUUCCCUUUAACUUAAGUGAGAGCACUAAAAUCAGCAGCUCUACUUACACUUCAAGUACCUAAUAAAACCCAAAAGAAUUCAUUUCAUUGAAGACUAGAAUUGAUAAGUUCUUUAAAGAAGAGACUUAGUGCGCCCAGAGAAGUAGCCAUAAAAAGCUGAAGAGAUCUCAUCUAGAAAGAGAUGCGACAAAUGAAAACCUAUCCCCUAAGAGCCAGAGAAGCAAUAUAGACUUUAAUAGGCAUUCAGGAAGUGGAAAAUCAGCAUAAUUGACUAAACCUUAAUCACCAAGUUUGAAAACAAACUAGAGGCACAGCACUAAACCUGCAGUCUUGACUUCGGAAGAUAUGAUACUUAGAGAACUAGAAAAUAGAGGCAAUUUCAAAGCAAGACCAUUAAACAAAAUGAUAUUUGAAAAAACUCUAGGAGUUCCCCCUAAAAUGGAGAAGAUGACUACUAAUGAGUUUAUGGAAUUUAAUCUUCAAACACUCAAGAGAUAAAAAACUACCAAGCAUGAUACUUAGGAAUUACAGACUAAGCCGUUUAAGGCUCUAGAGCUUAACAAGAAGAUUUUUGAGGCUCCAAUUGGAAUGUACGAGAGAAAAUCAGCCCCUCCUAAUUCAUACAAAUAUGAAUUCAAAGACUUCAAAUUCAAGACUGAAGAGAGACUUCAGGAGCAUAAAAAAAAGGAUACGGAGAGGUUGGGCUCUGUAGAUGAAAAGCUUUAUCGAUUUAAGGCUAGAGAAAUGCCGAGAUUCCCCUCUCCUCCUUCACCUUAAAAAUCUCAAAUUUCAAACAAUACAAACUUCUAAGAGUUCAACUUAUGCACUGAAAAAAGAUCAAAAGAAUAAAAAGAAAGACUAUCAUGUCCUCCUCAGAUUAAGUAGAAGUUUUCUGCUAUUCCCAUGCCAGAUUUCAUUAAGCUGCAUCAGCAUAAUAAGAAUAUAAAGAGAGAUAUCUAGCUUACCCAGCCAGUUGGAUUUGAGUUAAAAUCAGAUCAAAGAAGCCAGUUGCAUCAAAGGGAUUUCGGUGAUAAGUUGAGGAAAGAAUAGGAUGAAUUGGAAAAGAAGAGAAAUUUCAGAGCAUAACCUAUUCCUGAUUAUGAUAAAAUGAAAAUUGAAAUUCUACCUAGUGAUAAACCCUUGACUCAGCCUGCUCGCCCAUUAUUCUAUGCUGAUAUGCUCCCACCUAAAAAGGAGAAAAGCAUUGAUUCCUUCAAUAAUAAGUCUACAAAUUCACCCCCUGAUUUCAAAUUUUGA